AUGUUGGCGGAAGACCUUUCAGUGUCAAACGGAGGCAGGACGAGUUCAGCAACCUCCAGUGCAUCAGACGCACGAGGUGGACAAGGAGAAGAACUUGUGCCUGAUGACAUGAUGCUGGGUGAGUUCAAGAAGCGGACCCUGCAAAGCGCCCAGCGGGAAUCAGAGGAAUCUGCCGCCAAGAAGACGCGAUAUGGAGAAAGUUCGGAGCCAGUGUCACCGUCAAGAUCUUUAUAUCCGCCGCUUUUCGCAGGCAGGGUUUCUCAGGAAGAAGAUGUGUUCCAUUGGGAUGAACACGAAGACUUGACAGCAGUGGAAGGUGAAGACGUUGAGUACGAAGAUUUGAUGGAGGAAGAGAUGGAAGAUGCGCCUAAGAACGAGCAAGGAGAAACGCCGCCAGAACUAAGCCCCGAAGCGUUGGACGCUAUGGACCAAGAAACAGCAGUGGAGGAACUAAACAGACUCAGCAAGAUCGGCGUGAUCGAAGAGUUUGUGGAAAGCUGCGCAAACGGGGAAGAGAAGCGAUGGAAACGCAGAAAGUACAAGUGGAAGUACGCUGCGACUCCAGCUCAGCGCGACAAUGGAGUCAGCGAAGAGGUAGAGUACUCCGCAGAUGGAGAGAUCACUCACACUGGAGUGGAUGAGUACGAAAGGACCGACGCAAUGGAGGAUGCAAAGUACUCGAAAUUCGAAGUGUGUAUGCUUGUGAUGGUGGUGAAACAGCACGGCAGCAAGGCUACCGCCCGUGUGUUACAUUUGCUGGCCAGAAGCUCGGGACAGAGGAAGAAGAGAGUACCGUGGAUGAUGAAGAAUGGGAGCUUACCGAAGAAGAAGCUACAGGAAGCGGAAGAUGCACUCAAGUAUGUUCUUGGUGCCAGGAAAGAGUAUGUUCGAGGAACAAGAUCGGACAUCAGAAUUGCGCGUACAACGAAUGUAUCAGAGAGUAUGCGGAAAGCCAGUGGAGAAAGAACUACGACAGAAGCCCAGCAGCUGAACAAGGAGACCGCAGUUGGAAUGAAGGACAGAGUAGUGGUAUGCGAAGAAGAAGUUUCCAAGAGGACCGCUACGCAAGAGAAUCCCUGGAGUAUAUGCCACCAAGACUUUGUGGCAAAGGGAACCGACGUGCUGGAAAGCGUGGAAGAGCAGCAGUCGAAG